AUGUGCGCAUUUUUACGGCUUGUUCCCAUAGCCUUCCUGGCGACUGGAGUCUUCUCCGUGCCUGCUACAAACGAGGUUCUGGUGGCCAAAGCCGUGACGCCUGGCUUCACGUACAAGGGCUGCUACUCUGAGCCUCCCGGUGGUCGAGCCAUUGAACUCAAGAGCUACUCUGACAACAAGAACAUGACGACUGAGUCUUGCGCCGCCUUUUGCGAUGAUUACCAGCUCUUUGGCACCGAGUACGGCGAGCAGUGCUUCUGCGGCAAUGUACUCGCGGCCGGCUCAAGCCCAGCAGACGGCUGUACCAUGAACUGCACUGGUAACAACAGCCAAAAGUGCGGCGGUCCAGCCAGACUCAGCUUGUACAACAACACCAACUACCGCGCCCCCUCAGUCGCCACCAUCCCAGGCUGGACCUACCAAGGUUGUCACACCGAAGGACCCAACGGAGCACGAGUACUAAGCUACCGCAAUCCCCAGGACGUUUCGACGCCUCAGGCCUGCACCAGCGCCUGCGGCGCCGCGGGCUACCGUCUCGCCGGCGUCGAGUACGGCAGCGAAUGCUGGUGCGGCAACACGCUCCAGGGCGGAAGCUUUGUGGACACGGACUCGCAAACCACCCAGUGCAACUUUCGCUGCGCGGGCGACAAGUACUCCUUUUGCGGCGCCGGGAGCCGGCUCGUCGUCUACGCCGCCGUCACGGCCGCGGACGUUGCCGGAUGGCGGUACCAGGGCUGCUAUGUCGAUAAUGCCGGUGGCAAGCGCAACUUGGACGCGCUGUCGUCGUAUACAGAUGACAACACGGCCCAGUCUUGUGCUUCCUUUUGCUCUCAGUACAGCUACUUUGGCGUCGAAAACGGCAACGAGUGCUUCUGCGGGCUAUCACUCAACUCGACCUACACUCCAACGUCCAAUUCAUCGUGCGCCAAGCCCUGUAGCGGUGACAAGAACCAGACCUGUGGAGAUUUCGGCUUCCAGUCCAUCUAUGAAUCUGUCCCGCUCAAGCCGGCGCCGUCGAACCAGGCUGUAGUAGCGGGCAAGUUCAACUACAAGUUCUGCUCCUUUGACGACAACAACGCGCGAGUGCUUGCCGCCAACACCAAUGCCAAUGAUGCCAUGACGGUAGAGAUGUGCGCUGCCUUCUGCAACAGCUACAGCUACUUCGGUGUCGAGUACGGCAAGGAGUGCUAUUGCGGCGACAGCUUCAGCGGCUCACCAGCCCAGGAAAAGGACUGCAGCUACCUCUGUCCAGGAAACUCAACCGAACUCUGUGGCGCGGCAAAUAGAAUCAAUAUCUGGGGUCCUGCCACGGCGACUCUGAUUUGA